AUGCACCAAAAGAUUGUAAAAGUCGGCGGCAAACACCGACCUAGCAUCAGUAUGGAUCUACCUGGAGUGGAGGCAACUGAUGAUUUCGGGAAGCUUUUACAAUCUAUGUUGAAGCAUGCAAUUUUAGUCAAGCAAACAGAGAAAGUUGACCCGGCACUACAUAAAUCAGAUAUGCUUGAAUUGUUCGAUAAAGUGGAUACCAUAUUUCCUACGUACCUCUCUUCAGAAUCCAGGAAGCAAGUCAUAGAUGCUGCGGCUAGAGCUGCUUUCAACAAUUUACUGGCAUCAACAACCAUUGACUCACCUGAGUUCGUCAACCUUUGGAAUCUUCUGGAUAUCAUUGCAAUACUUUCUGACGACGAGCAGACCGAGCCUGGCCUACUAUUCUGGCUAAUUGAGGAGCUACUUGAUAGUCAGACAAUUGCAGGAUGCCGGAAGAUAUUCGAUUACCUAGAAUCAAGACGCGAAAAAAUAACGGCCAAGCACUUUCAGUCUAAAAAUCUAAUCAUUUUGAGAAGCUGCAAUGAGCUUCUGCGAAGGCUUUCCAGGGCUGAAGAUACUGCAUUCUGUGGCCGCGUUUUUAUUUUUCUUUUCCAAAGCUUUCCAUUGGGAGAUAAAAGUUCUGUGAAUCUUCGGGGCGAGUAUCAUACGGAAAAUAUUACAACAUAUGAUUCACAUUUUCCUCAAGGAAUCGUCAACGAGCAUCUACAAUCGGAUCCCGAUAUCAAGGUAGCUAAAGCUCCUAACACACAAAAAGAAGCUCUUCUUAGAGGAUUUAGGGGCAUAUCUGAUGAACAAAUUAACAACAAUACUUCUGCAUCUUUCAUGAAGGAUACCAAUAUGAUGAGCGGAGAUCAACUUUACCCAGUGUUCUGGUCAUUGCAGAAUUACUUUAGUCACCCCAAAAAACUGUUUGACAAACCAUCCUUCCGCAACUUCCAGGCGGGGCUAGAAGCAACUAUGACAAAAUUUAAAUCAGUGCAGAAAGAAAACAUCACUGAUCGUACAGCCAAAUCCCCGGAUAAUCCUUCCAGAAUUGCUAAGCGUAAACGAGGUCAUGUCGGUGACGGAAUCUCGAAUGCUUUUAACCCCAAAUACUUAACGAGCAGGGAUCUAUUCGAACUGGAGAUAAGUGAUUUAUCAUUUCGGAGACAUAUACUUGUACAGAGCUUAAUUAUUCUUGACUUUCUACUAUCACUAAGUGCAAAGUCGAAAGAAAAACUUUCUAAGGCCGCAAUCGAAAACUACAAUAAAUCUGUCAUGUACACUGACCAAUUGCUCAGCGAAGAAGAUACAAAUUGGGUCCUGGAAAUGAAAAAGUUAACUGCCGAAUAUUUAAAGCAAAGCCAAGAUGGUCCAUUCUUUUAUCGUAUGGUUGAAACAGUGCUUUCUAGAGAUAAAAAUUGGGCUCGAUGGAAGAUUGAAAAUUGUCCAUCGAUUGCUAGACCUUCAAUUACUCCACAAGAAUAUUCAGAAUCAAAAACAUCAGCUCGAAAAAUUACAACCAGUAAAAGGCUUCGUCCGAAUCCCAUUGGAUCAUUUGACCUCCGAUUUUUGGCAGAGGUUGAUCGAUGUCAAGGGCUAGAAAGAUUAAAGGAUUAUUCAAGAUAUCUUGUUCCUGAAAUCAAAAGUUUCAAGAACAAACUGGAGUUGGAUAAUAUGGAUCUCGAAAUGGCGCAAAAUGAUGAACAAAGAGAUUCAGCACUUCUUUCAAAAGCAAGUAAGAGCUGGCGAGCACUUCGCAUAGCAAGGACGUCCAAACUCAAUUCGUUCGAUAAGAUAGAACGAGCCGAUAAGAUCGAUACUAUCUUUGAAGAUCAUAUUGAUCUAGAGGAAUCUAGGAAUGCAGAUGAUGAUUUAGACGAUAGUGAAGAAUAUCUACAUCCUAAAGAAAAACGACCAACAAUAUAA